CUCAGGACAAGAACAGGAAAUAAGCCUCCAGGUAAGUGCUCUCUUGUUUCCCACAGGUAGACUGUAAUGGACAGAGCUAAUGGCAGCCUUUUUUCUGGAUUCAUUCUCCUGGGCUUCUCCAACAGGCCUCAGUUGGAAACAGCUCUCUUCGUGGUUAUCCUAGUCAUCUAUUUCUUGAGCUUCGUAGGCAACAGCACCAUCAUACUGCUGUCAGUUGUAGACCCUCACCUCCAUAGCCCCAUGUAUUUCUUCCUUUCUAAUCUCUCCUUUAUGGAUCUUUGUUUGACUACUUGCACCGUCCCUCAGACACUGUUCAACUUCAAGGGGAAGGACAAGACCAUCACUUACGGUGGCUGUGUGACACAACUCUUUAUUGCCCUGGGACUUGGGGGAGUGGAGUGUGUUCUCUUAGCUGUGAUGGCUUACGAUCGCUAUGCCGCUGUCUGCCGUCCACUCCACUACAUGGUGAUCAUGCACCCACAGCUUUGCUUACACCUGGUUGUAACUGCGUGGCUCACAGGGUUUGGCAAUUCUAUGGUACAGACAGCAUUGACCAUGACUCUUCCCCUCUGUGGCAGAAACCAACUGGACCAUUUCUUCUGUGAAGUUCCAGUGAUGCUGAAACUGGCCUGCACUAACACCUUCAUUAAUGAGGCUGAACUCUUUGCUGUCAGUGUUUUCUUCUUGGUGGUACCCCUCUCACUUAUAUUAGUGUCCUACGGCCACAUUACUCAUGCAGUUCUAAAGAUAAAGUCAGCCCAGGGGAGACGGAAGGCCUUCGGAACCUGCGGCUCUCACCUUCUGGUAGUGAUUAUCUUCUUUGGCACCCUCAUAUCCAUGUACCUCCAGCCUCCCUCCAGUUACUCGCAGGAUGUGAACAAAAGCAUUGCACUUUUCUACACUCUGGUGACACCUUUGUUGAACCCCCUGAUUUACACUCUGAGGAAUAAGGAAGUCAAAAGUGCACUAAGGAGAAUAAUGGGGAGAACCACAGAUUGAAGAAAGAGUUAAUGCAAGACAUGCAGUCCUAAACACUUAAGCUUUGGGAGACUUCUGUGUAUCUAAAAACCUAGCUUUAACUUAAGCUGGUAAAACAUCUAUGGACCAAGCACUGUUUUGGGAACUCAACUGGGUUGGUAGAUGAAUAAAUAAUUAGAGAUAGGUGAUAGGUAGAUAAUCAGGGAUCAAACCAGAGAGAAAUCUUGUUACUGUUGAGUUAAACCUUAUAGAAAGCAUAUAAAGAAGAUAACAUAAAUUAGAUACACCAUAUAUUAGACUGCUAUGUUGAAUAAACAAAUUAUAAGUACAUAUAAUUUCUGUAUAACCACAUGGAUUUUUUUUCACAAAUGCAAUCUGCCAUGUGUGGUAGCACAUGCUUAUAAUCCCAGAAUAUAGGGAUCACUAGGUUCAAAGCCAGGCUUUGGCUUUCGAGUAACAAGUCAGUCAGGGAUACAUAGUAAGAGUAUCUUUAAAGAAAUGCAAUCCAGUAAGCAAAUUUGAACCAAAAUUUAAAGUGAGAAGUUAUCAUUUUUAAAGUUUUACUACUUUAAUUGCCAUGAAUUAAUUAUAUAAUGUCUUAAAACAGUCUUUAGUGCAUAUGUUUGUAUGUCUGGUGUGAAUAAAUGUUUUCCCAAAAUCAAAAUUUAAUAAAAACCUAGAAAUAUUUUAAUUAAACAAUGAUUAUGAUUUUAAGGUAUUUAAACAUUUUAUGUAUACAAACAUAGUAGCAAAAAACACAAUC